GCUGCUCCUUCUUCGCUCCUCGCCUCCCCGCCCCCGCUCCACGCGUCCCUCCUCCUCCCCGACCUGCCCCUGCAGCCCCACGCGCCGAUCCGCGUCUACCUCCACCCCUCCGGCGCGCUCCUCGCCGCCGCGCACGGCGCCGUCCCCGCCCACCGCGCGCGCCCCGCCGCGAAGGCCCUCGUCUCCAAGCUCCAGCCGGCGGAGGUGCUGGUCCUGGACGCGGUCCGGAGCGCGUCGUACAGGGGCCGGCUCGCCGCCGACGAGCCCGUGGAGGGGAAGCUGGAGACCCGCGCGGCGCGCGCGCGAGGAGGGGUGGGCGCGGCCAGGGGCGUGGCGGCGCUGGCCCCGCCGGGGAGCGUGGUGGACGGGCUCGGCGCGGCGGUGCUCGCGGAGUGCGAGAUCCGGGGCAAGGCGGCCAGCAUGGUGGUGACGUGGCCGGCGGGCGCGAGGCCCGCGGAGUUCGCGGUCAUGCGGCGCGUGGCGGCGGAGCUCGGCGUCGACACCAACAAGAUCGCCGCCAGGGUCUCCGGCCGGGCCGAGCUGGAUGUGUUGUACACUUGAGAAUUGAGAUGUUCUCUGCUACUGCUUCCAAUUUCGUUGGCUGUACUGUCUGACGAAUUGGGUUUCUGGCAUUUCGGGGGAGAAAUUUGAGAUGUAUCGGGCGAGUUGGUUUUGUGAUUUGGUAUACGAUGAAUCUUCGAAAUGCGGAUGAACAAAUUCUGAUCUCAAUUGUGUCAUCGCUGCAGUAGUGUACUGAGUCGGAAGCUGCCUUGCUUUGAUUGUACCAUGAGAAUGAAUUAAGCUAGUCCCUGUUUGCCACUUGAGUUCUGAUGAAUGUUCAGUGAAGGCUUGCUGGACUUCCCUUCCGCACUAAUAGAAUGGGUCUCUGUCUUGCG